AUGAGCUGGAUCCAAGCCUUACUAUUCGUACUUUUGGCCACCAUGUACACCCGAGCCCAAUCCAACGACUCCGACACCGAGGUGGUGGACGCCCCCGACAAAGUCCCUGCGCCACCUCCAAGCCCAUUGGACGACUGCGAUCCGGAAUUGAUAGGCUUCGAAUUGAUAACAGGCUACGUGUUUUCCGCGCCCAGCAACGUUCUCGACAACAUCCCGGGCACCUUGAUGCUAACCGAUUGUCUGGAGACUUGCCAGGGAAACGAUUCCUGUCAAUCUGUCAACUACGAAACUGGGUUGUGUGUGUUGUUCAGCUCUAACGCUGAUGCCUUACCAGGUGCUCUGACCAAGUCCCAGUUUCCGGUGUUCACAAUCUACGCGCAGAAGAACUGCCUGGGGGUGAAGCCUUGCGAAAGGGCCUGGUGCAUAGAUCGCGUGCAGAAUUACCGAUUGGCUGGCUACGCUAAGAGCCAGCAAACCGUCGCCACCAGACAGGAAUGUUUGGAGCUGUGCCUUGGAGAAAACGAAUUCGCUUGCAGAGCUUUCUUGGACUUUAUGUAUCCAAAUCCACCAUUUCAUCUGUCAUCAUCAAUCGUGUUCCAUUGUGACUCAACUCAAAGUAAUUCAAUAGCGUGUUCUGGGCGAUGUAAACCGAUAGCGACGCGGGCGGGUCGUUGGACGGCGACCGACGCGUCGCGACGUUCAUCGAAACUAAUUGCAAUUAACUGA